AAAAUAGCCUGAGCACAGUCAGUGKUAUUUUGAGUCUGCUGCCUGUAAUUGUAAGGUGCGUGCGUGGUCAAACUAAUUUGUCCAAAACAGUCGUAUUUUUUUUCUGAUACAGUGGGAGCAUAUUAAAUGAGGUUCUGUCUUCAGGCAAGGUUAGUUUCUGCUGCGUUUAGUAUCGCGGAACAGAUUUAGCAUCAACGCUGUUAGCUUUGGUCGGCUAAUGUUAGCACAAUACAAUAAUUCCAUUUUGUCCUAGUCUAAAAAAAAGUAUCUGACAAGUCAAACAUGUUGUGUCUKCGAGGGUGUGCCAAGAGCUUUAAUUGUUCCUGCUGUAUGYUGUGAUGUCUUGAACUGUGAUGGAGAGAAGAAAAGCCUUAACUCUUCCUUUAACUGUUGACAAAGACCACACGAUGGAAAAUCCUCUAAAAAUCCCAGUGGGUUGCCUGUCAUCUGAGUGUGGAAAGUUAGAAGGACAGGUUUCCUGGACUGCAUUUGCUGGCUGCAAAUAUAAAUCCGGUAGUUCACUUCAAAAGAAUGGAUCCAUGGUUUUUGAUCACAGUCCGGCAGCUUUUAUCACACUGACUAGGAGGCCACUUCUCAUCCUGACAGAUGUUUUAAAAACAGAACCGGGAAAGAAUUAUAUAGAAAGGGUUAAAAUGAGCAGUGGCACACGUGCCAGAGGACGGCUGAGCAGUAGUCAUAGCAAAGAGGAGCCUCAGACCUGCAGAAACAGUCGGUCUAGUCAGAGGGAAUUCCAUAAAAAUGAAAAAAGCAAGAGUUCAACUUCUAAAAGCAACCAUAAAACAACUCCUGACUCCACUCAAAGAACAAGACUCAAAAGGAGAGCUCAAAAUUCUGAAGAAGAGAAGGACAAAGAAGAAAACCAAGAUAUUAAAGAGGCGAUAAUCAGCAAAUGUGCUGAAGAAGAAGAAGAAGAAGAGUCUGCUAAAGAAGAGGUCGGUGGGUUAAACUCAAAGUCCGCUGAAGACAUAACAAGCUGUGAUGAGCUCUCCUCAAAAAGCACCAACGACCAGCUAACAGAUCAUGUAAAAGAAGAGCAAAAGAGUUCGAGUCGUAAAAGGAAGCUUUCCGACUCCCAGUGCAAUGGAACAGGCAGCCCAAAACAUCAGCGCCUGUCGGGAGAAGAUGGAAAAGAUGGAGAACAGGUCCCCACAUCUGCUCACCAGGAGGAGCACGAGGAAAAUGCGGACUUAGAAAAUUUUGACCACUGCAUUGUACAGUUUACAGUUGGAGGAGAUGACGGAAUGCAAGACUUAGCUCCAGACGUACCCUGUAAUUUAGACGCUGAAGGUAUAAUUGGAAGUGACAAACAAAGCUUAUCAUCCAGACAUGAAAGUACAACUAAAACCAGCCCCACUGAACCAAUUGUUUUGUCCAGUGAUGAUGAGGAUGGUCAAGAUGAUUCUCAGUGUCAGAGAAAAGUGCUCCAUGCCAUGUCUGACACGGUGAUACAAAAAAACCCCAAACAGGAUGUUGUGUCCGAAGAGGAGGAGGAUCCAGACAUACAGAACAUGCAGAUGCUGCAGGUAGUUGUUGAAGAAUCUCCUCUCUCAGAGCCAGGGUCUCCUGCCCCAGAAGUGGACUUCUCCUGUUUAAGUGUGUCCUUUUUCACCUUGUACUGUGGAGGGUACCAUGCAAGAGCAAAUGGAGGCCUCACGCUAGAAAAACAUGAAAUCGUGAUCCCUCUGAAAGACACAAGUGGGCAGUACCAUGGGAUGUUGACUUUUGAGCGCAAAGAGCUGAAGAGGUACAGCAUUUGGGAUCAGCAGGAGCUGGACCUGUGUGGGUUUCGGUUUGAAGAUGACGAAGACCCUUCUUCUGGUAUCCUGCUGUUUUAUGUGUCAGAAAUGGCUGCUGUUGCCAUCCAGCAGGACCUCUGCCAUCUAUGUGUCAAGAAAGAGAGAUCCGUAAAUACAGGAAACGCCAGCCCCUUCAUCCUGCUGACUCUCAAAGAUCCUUUGGAGGGAAUGGAAGGAGCUUUGUUGCGUUCUGUGCUGGACAUUGACUGUAUCAGAAAUAUGACUCAUGAACAAAUUAUUUCAGGUCACAGUGGAAAUCUACUUGGUAGUUUUGCAGACCUCAGCGCUCCAGUUCUUUCUCUGGGUGAUUGCGUAGAGCUGAUUACAAGAACUGGACAGGACUCACAUCUGCUCUCUAUGCUGGGCUUACAAAGCACUGACCCUCAGCUAAACCAGUACCAGGACUGUCCAGACUAUGAUGAAGACGACCUUCCCACAGCUCACAUCUGGCUGGAAGCUGACUUUCAGAAGGAGUUGGAGCUGGAGAUGGGACCAGAUGAAACGGACACACAAAUUGAACCAAAUGAGGACACAGAGACACAAACUGACCCAAAAGAGGAGCAGAAAGAAAAAGAGCAGGAGAAUCCCUCUGAUAGCAAAAAGGAAGAAGCCCAGCCUGUGUACACCRUUUGCCAUCGAAGAACAAAAGGAUCCUACUGUGUGUCACUGAAUAAACCAGACUCCAACUGGAUUAAAUAUAAGCAUCGUGGUCUGGCUCGAAGGUUGAUCCAGUUUCCUCCGCCGCCAUUGAAAGGAGGAAUAACUGUCACCAUGGAAGACCUGAAGUGCCUCGAAACUGGGCAGUACCUCAAUGAUGUCAUCAUCGAUUUUUAUCUCAAAUACCUUAUCCAGAAUACAUCUGCUGCUGUUGCAGAGCGCUGCCACAUCUUCAGCAGUUUCUUCUACAAGCAGCUGACACGCAGGGACAAUGCCAGCGAAGGUGGUAAUAAUGACUCUUGUCAGAGGCAGAGGCGGCACCAGCGAGUAAAGACAUGGACUCGACAUGUGGAGAUCUUUGAAAAGGACUUCCUGUUUGUGCCUGUCAAUCAGGAGGCUCACUGGUAUUUAGUUGUUAUUUGCUUUCCUGGCUUGGAGGAGCCAAAACUUGAGGACCGGGCAGGAGAGGCACUUGGUGACGAAGAGGCUGAAGAAUGUUCUAAAACUGAGUCAGAAACCCCAGUGACGUCAAACUGCAGUGACGGCGUGGACUCAGAGAAAGACACUCAAGAUGAAUCCACCAAAGAUUCACCACCCUGUCCAGUUAGCUGCACAGAGCAAACAUGUCAGAGAAAUACAGUUUGCAAGAGGCCGUGUAUUCUCAUCAUGGAUUCCCUCAAACUUUCUCUUCAUGAGCGAGUUUUCAAGCUUCUACGAGAGUACUUGCAGUCAGAAUGGGAGGCCCGUCGAGGAUCAUCACGRGACUUUAAUCCUGAUCAGAUGAAAAGCUCGCAUUGCAAAGUUCCCCUGCAGGAUAACAGCAGCGACUGUGGCCUUUAUCUCCUUCAGUAUGUUGAGUGUUUUUUAAAGGAUCCUGUAGUGCAUUUUGACCUGCCUCUUUACCUUCAAAAAUGGUUCCCGAGGCAACUGAUCCGAAAGAAACGAGAUGAAAUUCGAGAUCUGAUAUUAAACCUUUACCGACAUCAGAACCUGGAUAACGUGGAGAAUAAAAAACUCUCUCGUUGAGUGCGUCAACAUUCCUGCAGUUUUUACACAUCGCUGCUCAUACUGAGCAACAGACUGAACUGUAAACAUGUCCUUUUUAGUUUUAAUCAAUGAAACACAAACCUUUGGCUGCCUGUAGGUCCCGUGUAUGAGUAUGAAGUCUGUACAUCUAACCAAAAAGACUACAAAUUUAUCUACACAUGCAAAUGUUUGUAUAUCCCGAUUUUUUUAUAACUGAUUAUUUUAUGCUCAUGAAAAAUUUUGUAAAAACGUUAUAAUUUGAAAUUUUUUUUUAAUCUAAAGUCCCUCCUUAAAAUAUGACAGUAGUAAAACGUAGCAGCAUUGUGAACACUUUUGGCAGAUUUUAAUAGCUCUGUUGACAUUUGUUUGAUAAAUAACACAUUGUGAUAAUGGAUUGGUCGUGUUCUCAGUCAGCGCUUAUCUAGUCAAACUAACAUGUUGAGUCGCUAUGUGUUUUGUUGUGAUUGACUUAAAAACGGGAGACAUGGCAGCCACCUCGCUGCAGCUAAUUUAAACUUUGUGCUCCUCUUGUGCAACUAUUUUGCAGUUUAUCUCAAACCCCACAAUUUGUUUUUAAACCAACGCGUUUUUACUGGGUUUCUACUAAMGUUACUGGAUUAUAACAAAAUAAUUGACUACAUGACGUGUCACUCAUCAUUCUCCAAAUAACAGCAAAGUCCUGAAAUAUUUAUAUAGGAUAAUAGAAAUGUAUUUUUAAAACACUAGAUUAGGAGUAAACGUAGAUUUAGAAUUCACGUAGUGUUUUUUUUUUCCAAUAAAAAAUUAUCCAACUUAAGCAAAAUUAGAAAUCUUGCUUUUUUCUACUCCUCUGUAAAUUAUUCCCACCAGAGAACCAUUUCUAAUAUUUUUGUUUGUUUUGAUAAUAAAUACAUUUAGUGCUGUGAGUGUUGAAUGAACAGCAGUGAGGUGUUUCUGAGAUACGUUUAGUUUCAAAUGUGUAUUAAAACUUGUAGAACAAACAUCGUUUGUCACUUUGAAUGAAACUAGAAGAAAAUCAUCUGACAUUCUUUUAUAAAUUGCUUACAAAAAGU